CGUCUGCAGACAUUCCCGGGAAGAACAGCAGCAGCAGCCAGGCUCCAAGUCGUUUCUCCUCUCAAUCUUUUUCCCCAGCCAAGGAUUCCCCUCAUCUGCAAAAGAGCUGAAUUCCCAGGAAGACUUGAGGGGCCCUCUGGCACAGGUGUGAAUGAGGCAGGAUGAACUGGACGGGCUUGUACACCUUGCUCAGCGGCGUGAACCGGCAUUCUACUGCCAUUGGCCGAAUAUGGCUCUCAGUCAUCUUCAUCUUCAGAAUCAUGGUGCUGGUGGUGGCUGCAGAGAGCGUGUGGGGUGACGAGAAGUCUUCCUUCAUCUGCAACACCCUCCAGCCUGGCUGCAACAGCGUCUGCUACGACCAUUUUUUCCCCAUUUCCCAUGUGCGUCUGUGGUCUCUGCAGCUCAUCUUGGUUUCCACCCCAGCUCUCCUCGUGGCCAUGCACGUGGCUCACCAGCAGCACAUCGAAAAGAAAAUGCUGCGACUUGAGGGCCACGCGGACCCCCUCCACCUGGAGGAGGUGAAGAGGCACAAGUUCCACAUCUCAGGGACACUGUGGUGGACCUAUGUCAUCAGUGUGGUCUUCCGGCUGCUGUUUGAGGCUGCCUUCAUGUAUGUCUUUUAUCUGCUCUACCCGGGCUACGCCAUGGUGCGGCUUGUCAAGUGUGAGGCCUACCCCUGCCCCAACACAGUGGACUGCUUCGUGUCCCGCCCCACGGAGAAAACCGUCUUCACCGUCUUCAUGCUGGUCGCCUCCGGCAUCUGCAUCGUCCUCAACGUGGCAGAAGUGGUGUACCUCGUCAUCCGGGCCUGUGCCCGCCGAGCCCGGCAACGCUCCAAUCCGCCCUCCCGCAAGGGCUCGGGCUUUGGCCACCGCCUCUCACCUGAAUACAAGCAGAAUGAGAUCAACAAGCUGCUGAGUGAGCAGGACGGCUCCCUGAAAGACAUACUGCGACGCAGCCCCGGCACUGGGGCCGGGCUGGCUGAGAAGAGCGACCGUUGCUCUGCCUGCUGAUGCCACAUACCAGGCAACGUCCCAUCCCGCCCCCCACCCUGCCCCAGGCCUGCGCCUCCUUCUCCCCUGCCGGUGCACAGGCCAUGGCCUGCCAGGGAGAGCUCCAUUCAAACCACCCUGCCCUCCCGGCUCCCCUUCCUCCCGCGGGGCUUUCCGUCUGAGGUGCUGAAGGGGUGGGGAGCCUGAGGCCACAGAAGCCAGUGCUCAAGGUUAUUGGGGGUGUGGGCGGCUCUUGUGGUCUGUUCUCCUUCCUCUUCCCUCUCCAUCUCCCUGGGACCACUGGGGAUGAGACAUAGGAUGCUCUGACAGCAUCUCCAACGAUGAAACUAAUCUUAACCCUGUGCUGUCAGGUAUCCUAUUUCUGGAGUCACAUCAGUGAGGAGGGAAUGGAGCCAGUGCAGCGCAGGGAGGGUGCUGUGGGCCUGUGGGUGGAGAAGGGAGGGGAGCAAGAAAAGGAGGAGCAGCGCUUGCGGCCUCAAGGAAAAGGAGGUCGAGUCUGGGGUGGAGGAGUUAGGGAGGGAGAGAGAAGCAGGCAGAUAAAUUGGAGUGGGGGUUGGUCUGGGCUCCCUCUGCCUCUAGUCCCCAAGGCCUCUCUCUGCCUGAAAUGUUACACAUUAAACAGGAUUUUACAGUAAA